AUGAAUUAAUCAAAAUAUAUAAAUCAAAAUCUCACUUCUAAACAAAAAUUUAUCAAAGACUUCGUUUUAGGAUCCCUAAGCUACUUUACGACUAUUUUAAUCUGCACUCCAUUACAACGUUAUCAAAUGCUGAUCAUCCAACAAUAAAGAAAUCCUUUCAAAAGCCAUCAUAGAACUUUGAUCCAAAUUUUAUAUGAACGUGCUGAAGUAUCAUCAAUGUAUUGAUCCAAAGGGCAUCAAUCAUCUCUGGAGAAGCCAUCCUGAUGAUCUCAGAUAUAUAUUCUCUCAUGGAUUAUUGUUUGCCAUCAAUGACACUUACAAAAAACUUAUAAAUUCCUAUCUCAAAGAUGACAAACAAUCAAAAAAUGCAUUCAUAGCAGGAGGUUUGGCUGGGAUGACUCACUUAUUUUUGAAUUAUCCUUUCCUAGUGGCAAGAUUAAAACUAAAAGACCCUGAAUAUAAGAAAAUCUCUCUAUUUGAGAAUACUUUUGCAACUUAAUUCAUCAGAAUCAUCAAAACUGAGGGAAUCCUUACAUUAUAUAAAGGUUUUCCUCUUUCAUUGUUGAGCACAGCAAUUUAUAGAGCCAUAUAUUUUGGAGGCUACAAUCAUUUCCAAAAGUACUUGUAAGUAAUUCCUUUCUUUAACAACAUAAUAACAAAAAUUGCAUUAUCAUUUGUAAUAACUACUAUUGCAGAAAUAGUGUCAUACCCUUUGGAAUAGCUUACUCCUAAGAAAAGUAUAUUGAUUCUAUAAAAUAGCAAGAACUUAUUUUAAUGAGAUGACUGAAGUCAUUGGCAAGUAUAGAACCAUGAGAGGGUGUUUAGCAAUUGUAUUUUAUGGAGAGUUAUUUUGUAUUUAUGAUAAAGCCAUGGCUUCAUUUAUAUUGGAUAGAGAUGAAUUAAAUUUAUGA